AGGGUUUUAUCUUCUGAUAUUGGCUGGACUCUUCAUUCGCUUCACUUUGCUGCAGACCAGAUACGAGAUGCUGAAGACCAGAUACAACCAACUGAGCAACAACUACAGUCAGUUACAGAGCAGCUACGAAACACUGAGUGUAAAUCACAGUCAGUUACAGGAUGAAGUGAAGAACCUGAAGGACAGAACUGAAGUUGUUGUUAAAAGCUGUCCUCAUGGAUGGACGAGAUCUGGAUGCAGUUGUUACUUUAAAUCAGAAGAGAAGAAGAAUUGGUAUGAAAGCAGAGCUGACUGUCAGCAGAGAGGAGCAGAUCUGGUCGUCAUAAACAACAAAGAAGAAAAGGAGUUUGUCACUGAACUGAGUAAGGAUGGAGAGUUCUGGAUUGGUCUACGGUAUGAAUGGAGACAAUCAGGAUACAAAUGGGAAUGGGUGGACGGAUCACCGCUGACAGAAACGUUCUGGGCAGCAGGACUGACUCACUAUGAUGGUUACUAUGCUACAUGCUGCAAUCAACAAGGAAAAUGGACACAAGGAUAUCAUUCUGAUAAUAAGAAGUGGAUCUGUGAGAAAAAGAUGAUCUGAACUCUUUGAUGACAGAGAGGUGUGUAGUGUUGAGAUCAACUUUGUCAAAUCAGACCAAUUCUUUAACAUUUGCUCAGCUGUUUAUUCUGUGUUGCUAAAUAACCUGAUUACAGAGAUAUUGUUCCUCUGCCCUUCAUAGAGCACAAUCUGGUUAGAAGUCAUGUGUACUUACUCUGUAGUCCUACAGGAUU